AUGGGUCUCGCAAAUGUGGUGUCACUGUUGACGGUGACAAAUAUCUCAUUGGCUCUUAUUACGUACAUUGUGCUCAAGUUUGUCUACCAAAUCGUCUAUUAUCGCUUUUUCCAUCCUCUUUCUGCCUUUCCCGGUCCCUUCUGGGCGUCUGUGACCCGACUAUGGAUCGCGAAACAGAACUUGCAAGAGACGGAGUACUUGACUUGCUAUGAGCUGUCAAAGAAAUAUGGACCCGUUGUUCGAAUUACCCCUACUUUGCUGCUGGUCAGCGACCACUCUAAACUUCCGGAGGUCUAUCACCGCAAUGCCGACAAGACCGGUCACUACAUUACUGGUAGCUUUGGAGAAACUGAAAGUCUGUUCAAUAUGAGAUCACACAAGACUCAUGCCGUGUUCAGGAAACACAUUGCCGGACCCUACAGCUUCACCAGCAUCAAGCGCAUGGAACCAUUAAUCGACGCCCGCAUCAAAGAAUGGAGCGCCAAACUCGACGACUCCUUCGUCAAAACUGGCGAAUCCUUUGACUUCGCCUGGUGGGCAGUCUACAUGGCCUACGACAUCAUCAGCGAAAUAGGCUUCGGCGCUCCCUUCGGUUUCAUCGAAAAAGGCGAAGACAUCGGCGGCCUGAUCCAAGGCUUCCACGACGGGCUCCCAGCAUUCGGUCUCCUAGCUCGUCUCCACCCCUUCACCUCCUGGCUCAAAACAACCUUCCUGAAAAAAUACCUCGUCGCGACACCAGCCGACGACUCAGGAAUCGGAGUCCUCAUGCGCUUCCGCGACAAACUGAUCGCCCAACGUAUCAAAGAUAACUCCGAAAAAGAAUCCCAGCAUGUCGAUCUCCUCCAAAUGCUCCUCGACGCUCGCACAGAUGACGAUAAACCCCUCGACCUGGAAUACAUCCGCGCAGAAGUCCUCCUCGUCCUCCUCGCCGGCGCAGAUACAACUGGUACCGCAUUCCAGGCCAUGAUCCACUUCUUACUUAAGAACCAAACUGCUUAUGAGCGUAUGAUGGAGGAGAUUGACUCUGCCUCGAAAGCGGGCUUGAUCUCCGAGAUGCCACAGUAUGAUGAGGUUCUUACCCAUCUCCCCUUUUACGUGGGUUGUGUCAAGGAGACCAUGCGUCUCUGUCCAUCUGCACCGAAUAUCUUCCCGCGAUAUGUCCCCGAGCCUGGACUCGAACUAUUUGGUAAGUUCGCGCCUGCCGGAACGGAGAUUUCUUGUAACCCGUACCUCGUGCAUCGGGACCCGGCUCUGUACGGUGAUGAUGCGGAAGAAUUCAAACCUGAGCGGUGGUUGGAUAUCGAGCGAGCGAAGUUGUAUAAUAAGUAUAAUAUGGCAUUCGGGUAUGGGUCACGGGUUUGUUUGGGGAGGGAUAUUGCGAUGAUGGAGUUGUUUAAGGGGCCUUUGCAGUUCUUCCGUUCUUAUAAGCCGGAGCCUGUGAAGGGGAAGCCCGAGGCUCAGUUUGUGGUGAAGGGUGGUGUUGGGUACUGGAAGGAUGUGUGGUUGGCUAUCUCGAAACGUGAGUAG